GUUGCGAUUGCCUCUGCUCAUAAAUCCUCCAAGGUGGGAGCCGCGAGUAGACGAGGCGGAAUGUUGAAACGCGGACGCGUGCAGCCGAGGGUUCGCGCAAGGCUGCUCUAGGCGAGUGUGUGAACAAUUGAACCCAUAACAUGGAUAUCCGACCAAAUCAUACAAUUUAUAUCAAUAAUAUGAAUGACAAAAUCAAAAAAGAAGAAUUGAAGCGAUCCCUAUAUGCCCUGUUUUCUCAGUUUGGUCAUGUGGUUGAUAUUGUGGCUUUAAAGACCAUGAAGAUGAGAGGUCAAGCCUUUGUGAUAUUUAAGGAACUGGGCUCUUCCACAAAUGCUUUGAGACAGUUACAAGGAUUUCCAUUUUAUGGUAAACCAAUGCGAAUCCAGUAUGCAAAGACAGAUUCUGAUAUAAUAUCUAAAAUGCGUGGUACUUUUGCUGACAAAGAAAAGAAGAAGGAAAAGAAAAAAGCCAAAAUUAUAGAACAAACUGCAUUGACUGCAAACAAAAAGCCUGGUCAGGGAAUGCCAAAUUCAGCUAAUAUGCAGGGGACUGCAGCACCAAAUCCUCAGGUCCCUGAUUACCCUCCAAACUAUAUUUUAUUCCUUAAUAAUUUACCAGAAGAGACUAAUGAGAUGAUGUUAUCCAUGCUGUUUAAUCAGUUCCCUGGUUUCAAGGAAGUACGUUUGGUACCUGGAAGGCAUGAUAUUGCUUUUGUUGAGUUUGAAAAUGAUGGACAGGCUGGAGCUGCCAGGGAUGCAUUACAAGGGUUUAAGAUCACACCAUCACAUGCCAUGAAGAUCACCUAUGCCAAGAAAUAACUUUGGGAUAGUUGUCUUAAAAAGGACUUGAUGUUAUUUAGGGUUUUUUUUGUUUGUUUGUUUUAAAUAACAUUUGGUCAGGUUAUUUUUAAUAGUUGACCCAGAGUAAGCGAUGGGGGGGCAUAGAGAGAGUGAAAUUUUUGUGAAGGAUUAAUAAAAUUGCUAGUAUUUCUUAAACCUUGGUGAGCUAUGAAAUACUAAGGCCUGAAUUUUGUACAAUAAAUUUUUAUUUGUAUUCUACACAUUCA